AUGAGCGGCCUCGGACAAAAAGUCAAGGAGAUUCUCCACAAGGACCGUUCCAACGACGAUGCUACCCCUCAUCCCCCAGGUUCGUUCCCCACAGAAGACAUGGAGCCCAGCGACACCAGAGAGGGAUACUCCAAGAAAUACGAGCACAACAAGCUUCACAAGGCUGACGAUCCUCGCGGUUGGACAGAGAGCGACAAGGACGCUUCCCGCAGCCAUGGCUACAAGGACUCAAGUGUCGGAAUGACCGGUUCUGAGGACCGUACUUCCUACAAGCCUGGCCAUGAGAACAUGUCUGAGAGACGCGACGAGUCUUUUGGCGACCGACGCGACGAUACCCUUGGUGGCAGACGUGACGAUACCCUCGGUGGUAGACGGGAUGACACUCUGGACCGAACAACCGAGUCCAGCACAAUGGGACAGAAGGAUCCUCUUGCACCAUCUACCCAAGAGCACCCUUACUGGGGUGACCUCCCCAGCCAAGGCGGUGUUCACAACUCCGUUAUUGGCCACGGUAGCCCUGAAGACGAAGCCCGACGUCACCGAGAUGUACACUCCGGUGCGACAGAGGCUACUCACAACCCCAGUAGCACUCUGGAGAGUGGCACUUUCCUUAGCCGACGCGAUCGCGACGAUUCCACUAGGAACACCGACCCUAAUGCCACCCGCCCCGGUGAGCAAAUGCGCCCCGACGAGAGAACAUCUGGCUCCCAUUACAAGGAGGGACUUGCUGGUGCUGGUGCUUAUGGCGCCCACAAGCUGAGCGAGCGACGCGACCGUGAUGACACCCUCGGCAACACAGAGCCCUACGGCAGCCGUCCUGGUGAUCAGACACGCCCCGACGAGAGAACAUCCGACUCGCACUACAAGGAAGGACUCGCCGGUGCUGGUGCUGCUGGCGCUGGAGCAUACGGAGCUCACAAGCUGAAUGAGCGACGCCACGACAAGGACGAGCCCAGACAGUACGACCAGACUGCCGACAGGACUCAGCCUGAGGAGCACAAGCACAGGGCAUUCCCCCUUCUUGGCAAGGACCACAAGGAGCCCAAGGAGCACAAGGAACACCACCACCACGACAAGGUCAAGGAUGACAAGGAGAAGGACAGCAAGCUUGGCGGUCUCUUCCACCGAAAGGACAAGGAUGAUGCUGAGCGUGUCGGUGAUUAUGACAAUGACAAGCACCACCACUCCAAGACUGGUCCUGCUCUAGGUGCUGCUGGCGCUGCCGGUGCCGCAGGAGCAUACGCUGCUACCAGGGACCGACACGACGAUGACAACCGUCGCGACAACACUGCCCGCGAUUACCAGGACCCUUCUGCUACUCAGCACACUACCAAGUACCCCGCCGCUGGUCUCGACUCUUCUCGUGACUACAGCACCCAGGGCACCAACCCCUCCUCUGGUGGAGCUACCCAGAUGCCUUAUCGCCAGCAGGACAUCGACUCUCACCGCGGUCGCGACAUUGCCACUGGUGCUACUGGCGGUGCUGCCGCUGGUCUCGGUGCUGGAGCUCUCGCUUCGCACUAUGGUCGUCGCGAUGAUGACCGUACUGCCAAUCAGCGCGGUACUGGCUUUGACAACCAGAGCUACGACCCCUCUGCUACAUCCCAACAGUCUGGCUCCCAGCACAUGCAUGGCUUGAGUGCCCUUGCUGUAGCUGACGACCGCUACGACUCUCAGGCCAACCAGCCCACCAACUUCUCUCACAAGGACCCCAUGGGCCAGAACCAGCAGCACGAUUCUCACCGUGGUGCUGGCCUGGCUGCUGGUACCGCUGCUGGACUUGGCGCUGGUGCCCUUGCAUCACGAUCUGGCCGUGAUCAUGACCGCGACGACCGCUCUGGCCUCGAGUCCAACCGUGGCUACGAGAAUCAGUCUGCUUACCCCACUGAGGGCUCUGCCAUGGACCCCUCCUCUCGCGGCUACGACCAGCAGCAUGACUCCCACCGAGGCACUGGUAUGGCUGCUGGUACUGCUGCCGGUCUUGGUGCUGCUGGCCUGGCCUCUCAUGCCGGUCGCGACAAUGACCGCAACGAGCGCUCUGGUCUCGGCUCCAACCAAGGCUUCCAGUCUCAGGAUCCCUACUCUAGUGAGCGUUCUGCUAUGAACCCUGGUUCUCAGGACGCUUACUCAAGUGAGCGAUCUGCUAUGAACCCUGGUUCUGAGCAGCGAGACUCCCACCGAGGCGCUGGACUCGCCACUGGUGCUGCCGCUGGUCUUGGAGCCGGUGCGCUCGCUUCCCACCCUGCUGACCACCGACGUGAGAAUGACCAGUUUAACACUGGCGACAACAACCGUGGUUUCCAGUCCCAGUCUGGCAUGACCGGCUCUGGCCUUGGUAACCAGAUGGGUGAGAACACUGGCUUCGGUAACCAAUCCGGCAUGACUGGUAUGGGCCAGAACACUGGUCUUGGUAACCAGUCUGGUAUGGCCGAGAACACUGGUAUGAUGGGUAACACCUCUGGCAAUGACUUCUCCAACAAGCAGUCCAUGCCCGGCGCUCAACCCGAGCGUGAGUCUGAGCCUUUCACCGAGCGAAAGAAGGAGCAUGACCACACUCUCAUGGACAACGCCAACUCUGGAAAGUACAACAAGCUUUCUUCUGGUACACCUUCCGGUAUCGCAUACGACUAA